AUGGGGUCCCCCGCAGGUCCCCUGGAGAGAAGGAGAGUGAAUGAGGAGAAGCCGCACUGCCUGGGGUUCCCUCCCAGCCUGUGGCACAGCUAUUGGCCCCUGGAUGCAGAGCUGUUCAAGAAGGCGGUGCCCUACCACUGCCUGGGCUGCAUCUGGUCCCCGCGGGACAAGAAGGGCAAGGGGCACCUGGCUCCCACCGUGGGCUGCCGCUUCGAGGAUGCAUGGCAGAAGAUGCUGAUCCCAGAGAAUGCUGUAGGGUUCUUCAUGGAUGAAGUGCCUGCGGACUUCGCACUAGCUUACACGGCGGUGCGGCGGCUGCAUCAGGUCCCUCCCCACCUGCCAGGGGAGCAGUCCGCUUCGGCGGGCCUUCCCGGGAGCAGGCGGCGGCCAGGUAGCGAGGGUUUGGUUGGGGGGCGUCCCGGCCCUCCAGAAGUCCGCGCAGUGCUGCGGGGACGCGCUGAGCACCUGCCGCCGCCCCCGCUCGCGUGUGGCUGCCCUUCGGUUUUGGGAGGCGGGCUGAGCGUCGUUCGUGCGGUGUGGCCGGGCGUCCGGCCGUGUGCGCGUGCGCGGUGCCGGCCCCCGCUGGUCGGUGCGCUGCCCGCGCCGCUGCCUCCCCGGCCGUGUCUGCGGCGGGCCCAGGGCUGGCACUGCGGGCGGGGCCGCCGCGCCGUAACCCCGGCGUUGCACACGCUCAAGCCAGGCCGGGCCUCCGGGGGCGGGGUGAACGGGCCCGCUGUCUCCCAGGAACACGCAGGCCUGGUGGCCGGGGCUCCGGGGAGCCGCAGCGCCGUGCGCGGGCGCGUUCAGGCUUCUGUAAAGGGCAGGUUUCUUUGCUUCUCUAGGGAGUUUGCCUGCUGGAAACCGCGCGCCUGGGAGGGCGUCUCAGGAACGAGGGCAACGGCUGUUGCCCCGGAGGGGCCCAGAAAAACUUCCCGCCACCAUCCAGACGGAGGUGGAGAGCUCAACACUGGUACGAGCAGGCGAGACCCGGGCUGGCUGCUCGGGGUGACAGACUCCCCAAUUCCAGGUUAAAAAAAGGAGAGUAAGAUGUUUUGCAUUUAUUUUCUGAAGCAUCUGUGCAGAACAUUGGUGUGUUGGAAAGCAGUCCCGUGUGUUCAGCUUGUGAAGCUUGCACCGGGGAGAUGGAUCUGCUGGGCCAAGGCAGCGGGAACUGUUAAGUGUUGGUAGAUACUGUUCCGGAUUCCAGAAAGUCCAGGUGGGCUAAGGCAGAGAGAAGGGGUCGGAAUAAACAGGGCCCAGUGGUCGAUCACAGAGGCACAACCAGACGCCGCCGUGGCCUGGGCUCUGCGAUCAGGCGGGGAGCCACUUCAGGGCCGGCACGCCCCAGCUUGGAGGUCCCAGGCCUGUAGGGGUGGCCCAGCGUGUGUGCCUCAUGUAGCAGGUGAAGGAUGAGCAGGCUCUCCCCCUGGCACCCUGUGUCCUGCUUCUUAAUCCUCCAGCCAUUGUGUUCUAGAGGGAAGUAAAAUCUUUGCAGCGUUUUCUAACUGCCCAGAGCCCACGAUUCUGAGUUUUUUUUCAUUAAGAUUUAUUUUAGAGCAUAA